AUGGUUGUGAUUAGCGAAGCCUGUUACGACAAGACGCGGUCUGGCGUACACCUUCUUUGUCACGAGUACCGUAAGCUUCGAAAAAGAAACUUGAUUCUUAAAAAGUGCCCCGUGAAGGUGGAGCGUGAGGAACGCCCUUCGUUCGGGGGACGGGGUUCGCGACUGGACGAGGACGCCGGCCCUGGAGACGGAGGCGAGGGCCCCGUCCCGGCGGAGACCCUGCAGCUGGUCAUCAGCGGCACCUUCUCGCUGGCUGGCCCGGCCGGCGGUGCGGGGCAGGUGGAGCAGGCCUCGCGGCGGCAGCGAGGCGGGAAGGCGCGGCUCGCGUACAAGUGCGGGGAGUGCGGCAAGAGUUUCCGGGCCGAGGCGGACCUGCGGAAGCACCUGGCGGGGCACUGCAAGGCGGGGCGGCACGCGUGCGGAGUGUGCGGCAAGCAGUGGACUUGGGCUGCCGAUCUGGAGAGGCACGCAAGGAUCCACACCGGGGAGAAGCCAUACCAGUGUGACGAGUGUGGGAAGAAGUUUAACCGGGAAAGCAGUCUCAUCGUGCACAAGAGGAUUCAUUCUGGGGAGAAGCUUUUCGAGUGCGACGAGUGCGAGAAGAAGUUCUCUCAUAAACAUGUACUAAACGCGCACAAGCGCACUCACACUGGGGAGAAGCCCUACGGGUGUGACGUGUGUGGGAAGAAGUUUAAUUACGAUAGCCACCUCACUGUGCACAAGAGGAUCCACACUGGAGAGAAGCCGUACGGGUGUGACGUGUGUGCGAUGAAGUUCGGUCAAGGAGCUCACCUCGCUGUACACAAGCGGAUCCACACUGGAGAGAAGCCUCACGUGUGCAAGGUUUGCGGGAAGAAGUUCCGACAGCAGUCAACACUACGCAAGCACGAGUCCAUUCAUUAGUGACAGUAGUUCAGUGUGAAGUUGUGCAAGUGCGGCCUUUGUGAAAAGCUGUGAGGCGAAGGUCACUUUCGCUUUGACGCGGCGGAGAGGACUUUUGAAUGCGACGGGGCCAGGAUGUAGUCACAUCGUCACUGGCGCAAGCGCACUCUUUCGCUAAUACUGUUCCAAAACUUUUUUUUAUGAUUAUUUUCUGAAAGCGAUUAUAUGGUUUUCUUUGACAUAUUCUGCCGCAAUUAUCGGCUUUACUCAUUUGACACUUAAUUGUCGGAUCGCACAGCAAUAUUUUGUCAUUAAUAAAUAUGGUUGCUAUUGUGAA